GUUGCUGAAUUCACUCUGCUGUUUCUCUCGAGCUGCAGUUGAGAAUAUAAACCUCCGGAGAGCCCCAGCUAAACUUCUUAAUGGCUAAAGUGGAAAACAAACACGCGGCGGUCUGGGUGGCGCUGAAGAGGCUCGACCUUAAUGAUGACAGAGUUACAGCACUAAGAGAGGUCCACAUUCCACGAGGGACAAAAAUGACCACAGUAAGACAGAUCUUAGCCCAUUCUUUCAGACUGGACGUUGCUGAGGUGACAUUCAAGAUACGAAACAGCCGAGGCUUUUUAAUCCCUUUGAACAGUUGCAUACCAGCGAACAGCAAGCAAAUGCCUUAUGUCUUGGAGGUGGCAAAAUACUUUCAGCAUGUUAAUGCCAGGCCCAGAAGUAUCGCCAUGACAGUCAUUCAUAGAAGCUUGAAGUCAAGACUGCAGGGUAUUGUGAGAAGGAUUGAAAGGCUGGAGGAGCUCCUUCCUCAAAUCAAGCAAAAACAACAUGACAAGAUGAUAAAGGACAUUGACUUGUUGAACCAGAAGCUAAUAUUUCUUCACAAAAGAAUGCAGAUGGCAGAGUCGUGCUGCUGGGAGGGAAUGUUUAGGCGAGCACCACUCUGGUGAACUUUAGCGUGAACUACAGGGAAUUUAGGCCUUUUUCACUAAAGUGAAAACCCUUCACUAUGUAUCAGUCAUGUAUUUGAAGUGUUGAAUUAUGUCCUUUUUUUAUAAACAUUUUAUAAUAAGUGAUGUAGUAAUAUUCUUGCUGUCAUUACAAGCCUUCCUGUCUCCAAAAUGGUAAUUUAACUCAACUUUUAAUGGAAGAUAAUGUAAGAUUUUGUAAGACGUUUUUAUUGAUCCGUUCAAUAUGAUAUGUUCCCAAAAUGUAAUGGUCCGCUGAUAGUGUUAGGAUUUUUUUUUUAAUGACAGGGAUACUGUGGUGGUCUCGUGUAUGUUUGUCAAAAAAGUAGAAUGGAAUUUCAAUAAAAUCUGUAUUUUGAGUA